AUGGUUGGAAUAUUACAAGUUAACGGGCAUGGAGAAGAAAGCACAUUAAUGCAAGACUUAAAGCCUUUUCGAAUUCUUAUCAGCUUGCUGGAUAAGCCCGAACUAGGCCCUGCCAUCCUAGAGGAUGUAUUGAUUGAAGUGUUUCGAACAUUAUAUACACAGUGCAAAGCAGAACUGGAGCUUCAGGCAGAACCUUCUUUCAACAAAGAUCACACGCAGCUAAGCAGCAAACUGAGAGAAAACAAGAAAACAGCAGAAUUGAUUAAAACUGCCAAUCUUCUCUUCAAUUCAUUUGAGCCUUAUUAUAUGUGGGAUUACAUUGCUCGUUGGUUUGAAGAAUGUUGUAGGAGGACAUUACAUGCCAGACUUCAAACUGGGCCUGGAGGUGGUAGUGAGCAGUCUGAGUUACCCCUGACAAAUUUCUGCUUGUUAGUGGAUUUUUUGUUGGAUAUAGUUUCUUUGGAGACUUACAUUGAAAUACAGACAGAACACUUGCCUCAGCUGUUGCUCAGGAUGAUUUCUGCGUUGACGAGCCAUCUUCAUACUUUGCACUUGUCUGAGCUUACUGAUUCUCUCAGACUCUGCUCGAAGAUCCUCAGUAAGGUUCAACCUCCAUUGCUGUCUGCUGGUACAGGUGGUAUCCUGCAGCUUCCUAGUGGACACAGCAGCUCCAUCAAAGAAUGGGAAAAUAAAAAGGUAACUGAUUAUGUUUUGCAGCAUCUUGGAAAAAUACAUUUUGCGUGAAAAGGAAAAGUGGGCUUUCUAAGUCUGUGCUGAACCACCUACAAGUCUUUGAUUAGAUUUAGUUUAAUAUACAAUACCCAUGAAACUUGGAUCAUCAAAGGAAAUUAUAAUUGUGCACUUCAUUGUGGUAAAAGGUCUUGAUUCCUAAGGGGUUUUAUCUAGAUUUAAUAUUAUACAUGUAUA